CCUAGACGGCGUCGUUUUCCUGCUGCAACGUCGGUUUUUUUUUUUUUUUUGACUCUUUUUUUCUCUCAAAUUUUUAAUUAAUUUUAGAUCUCGUCCCCCCUUUGCUUUGUUUCGAAUUCAAUGUUCGAAGAAAAUUCGUGAUUUUUUUUUAAUUGAUUGUACGAUUUGUGGAAGAAGAUGAUAGAAUCGAGUUAUGUGAAGAAGGCUAUGGCAUUUGAAAAGGAAAUGAGGAGUUUUGCUUGCUCUUCCAUUUGUGUUUGUUUUAGAGAACUUCAUCAGUAAAAUGGACCUCUAUGUGACCAGUCCUGGGCCAAUUGACCAAUCUGUACUUUAUGAUCAAGAUAAGCACGUGUCAUCAGCAGUGUGGGAGGGGCAGGAGCGUGGUGCCCUUAGAUGUCAUGAACACACUUCAAAACUUGAUCAAUGGGCACUCACUCAAAAACAGCUGGAGCUAGUACAUAAGGCUGGAUUUGGGUACUUAAGAUUGAUCCCUGCUAUUAGUUUGGACAAUCCACUCAUCUCUGCACUAGUUGAGAGGUGGAGGAGAGAAACUAAUACAUUUCACUUGAAUGUUGGAGAAAUGACGGUAACCCUUGAAGAUGUUGCAUACUUGCUUGGACUAGCAAUUGAUGGAGAACCUGUUAUGGGUGUAACCUAUACCAUGUGUGACACAAUAUGUGAAAAACUUUUAGGAAAAGCACCAGACUCUGGUUCUACUAGUGGGGGAAUGGUGAAGUUAAGUUGGUUAAAAGAGUCCUUUUCUCAGUGUCCUGAAGAUGCACCAAUGGAAGAGAUAGAGCGCCGUACACGGGCUUACCUGCUUUAUCUUGUUGGUAGUACGAUUUUUUCCACGACCACUGGCAAUAAAGUCCCUGUCAUGUACCUUCCAUUGUUUGAGAAUUUUGACCAAGCUAGUAAUUAUGCCUGGGGUGCAGCAGCAUUGUCAUUCUUGUAUAGAGCACUUGGCAAUGCCUCUCUGAAAUCUCAAAGUACUGUUAGCGGCUGUUUAACACUACUACAGUGUUGGAGUUACUAUCAUCUGGAUAUUGGUCGGCCAAGGCUCAAUCAAGAUUCAAUCCAUGUUUCUUUUCCACUUGUACUUAAAUGGAAAGGAAAACAAAGUGGUCCAACGGCAAACCGUGAUUUAAUCUUCUAUCGCAAGGCAUUGGACUCCCUCAAGUCAAGUGAUGUUGAGUGGCUUCCUUUUAUGAACAUCGACAGUAGAAUUAUACCAGAAGAUAUCAAGAGUAGUUUGAUUGUAGGGAGAUCAAAAACAAUGUUGAUAUGUUUUGACAAGGCAGAAAGACACCUCCCUGAUCGUUGCUUAAGGCAAUAUGGCUUGCGCCAGUCAAUCCCAGAAGAAGUGCAGCGGUGGGAAAGAAAGAGUCGUGGAGUUGAUGGUGGGGUAGACUUGUCAGGGAAAAUGGAACUAGAGCUUAAUGAAUGGUUGGACCGUCAACUCAAUAUUGUGGAAGAUGAUGGGGGUGUAGAAGAAAGUGAAUACAUGCAGUGGUACAUGAAAAUUACGCGUAGAUUUGUAGGAAGGCUUAUACCUUUAUCAUCAGAAUUUCAGAGAAUGCAUGCUGCAUUGAGGGAUAUUGCACACUUGGCUGAUACAGUCUCCACACAAGGGAUGGAUUCUCAGCAAACAGAAUCAGUGACGAGGAUCAGGUACAUUGUGCAUGAAUGUCUAAGGGAUCAAGUUGGAACUUCAAUGCUAGCGCCGAGCAUCCCACAGGUUGAACAUGGGAAAAGGAUAAGGGGAAAGGAAAUGAUAAGAAGGAAGAGUAAUGGGAAACGUAGGCGGAAGGAUGAUCCAGUUCAGUGUCAUGCAGCUAGCGAAGGUGAUCAAUCACAGCUGUGUAGUGCAGCUGGUGAGAUUGAUUAUUCCCAGCUAUGUCUCACAGAUGCUGAGGUUGAUGAUUUGCAGCUAUGUCAUGCAGGUGGUGAUGGUGUUGAUGCACAGCUGCACACAACUAUUGAGGUUGAUGGCACUCUGCUCUGUCAUCCAACUGAUGAGAUUGAUGAUACGGAGACUUGUAUUGCAGUUACUGGGGUUGAUGACUCUCAGGUUUGUCAUGCCAUUAUCAAGGGUGAAGCACAAGCUGUUCCACAGUCAUCUCUUAGAACUAGUGAGGAUGUUGGGCAACAUAAUGACUGUAGCAUUGUAGUUUAAGAAUAUUUAGCAUGUGGCCACUGGGGUUACAUUAUUUCACAAUCACUCAGCGAGGCGCUUAUAUUAUUCUAUUUUUAGUCUCUGCAUUUGUGUUGUAGGCCUUGCACUGCCAUACAGAGCUAUUGAUUUUAAAUUCUUCCUUGUUUUUUUCUUGAUUUUUUAGCUUUGAAAUGCAGCCCGGCAUCACCUGUGCGUGCUCUGUGGCUGAAACAACCAGGAUUUGAAUUAGAACAGAUCAAGUCUUGUUCUCUAGUUUAUUGUGUAAUCAUGUACUGUUUGAUGCUACAGAAGGAUUUGGUCUCCUAA